AUGGAAUUCAAUCAAGAGCACGGCAAAGGAUCGUGUCAAGCUACUGCUGAGGAAUUCAAAGAUCACCUAUUAACUUCACCGAAUUUCCGAUCUAAUGAAGGACUGCUACUCGUCGAAUCAAAUUCUCUCUCGCCAGACGAAAUCGAUCCAUUCUACAACGACGAAGAAAAUGGACAGUCGACAAUUCAUGCGUACGGUGACUACACAAAUAUGUGA